UACGUCAUGCCAUACGCAGAAGCAGAAAACACCUAUUUAUACACCCAACCUGCAUCAUCACAUUCCUACCACCAAAGCCUUAUCCUCCUUUUCACCCAACACUCUUUCUCACUCUCAAACUCACUCAACACUUCCAAUAUUACCAAUGUUACCCCCUGGAGGAACCAUCGUGUUCAACACUGUUGGUAGAGUACAAUACGGUUUCGAUGUUUUCACCGUUAACCUUCAAAACCACCCUCCAUCAGCAGACCACCGCGUCACCGACGGCGUUUCAAUCAACUUCAACGCCCAGUUCCUCGACGAUGAGCACUCCCUUGUCUUCGUCUCCGAACGAACCGGGUCGCCCCGUUUCUACCUAACCCGACCCGAAGACAAAUCCCCACAGCCCUUACCUCACGUCCCCAACAGCCACUUCCACGAUCGCCCAACCAUCAAGAACGGUAACAUCUACUUCGCUUCCGCAAAUGAUCAACCCGACCCGGAUCAAAACCCGAACCCGUUUUUCAAGAGCUGGAGCGCGGUGUAUUCCGUUGCCGUAGACGGCAGCGGGACCAUCAAGAGGCUCACCCCUCGCGACGCAGUGGAUUACAGCCCCGCCGUGUCACUCACCGGGAAAUUCAUCGCCGUCGCUUCCUAUGGCUCUCGCCGGUGGCGCACCAUGGAUUUUCGUGAGCUCGAGACGGAGAUCGUUGUGUUCGAGGAAUCUGACCCGGAGAAUCGCGUUGUUGUCUCCGAGCGCGGUGGGUGGCCAUCUUGGUCGCGAGACUCCACCAUUUUCUUCCAUAGGAUCGCAGAGGAUGGUUGGUGGAGCAUCUUCCGGGUCGAUUUACCCGAUUCGAAUCUCGCUCAACAUCCAACCUCACCGGUUCGGGUCACACCUCCGGGCUUGCACUGCUUCACGCCCGCGGCCAUGCACGACGGGAAAAGAAUCGCCGUCGCGACUCGCCGGAGAGGGAACAACGGCAUCCGCCACAUCGAGAUCUUUGAUCUCGAGUCACAAACAUUCCAGCGAGUCACCGAGUCGAUAAACGCUAGCUUUCACCACUACAACCCGUUCGUCUCCCCCGAUUCUCACCACCUUGGCUACCACCGAUUCAGAGGCGAGUCAACUCAGGGCGAGUCCACGUACCCGCACCUCGACCCGGUGCAUUCACCGGUCCCGAAUUUGAAGUUGCUGAGACUGAACGGUUCGUUCCCAAGCUUCUCCCCCGACGGCGAUUUCAUCGCUUUCAACCACGAAUUCGAUUCCAACGGCGGCGUGAAGAUCAUCAGAUCGAAUGGCUCAAAACGCUGGACGUUGCUUAAAGGACGAACAUGCUUCUACAACUCGUGGAACCCUACGGAGAAGAACGUGAUAUACACAUCGAUUGGUCCAAUCUUCGAAUCAGCUUCCAAAACAGUUCAGAUCGCAAGGAUCGAGUUUGAUUCGGAGCAUUUAACGGAUGAUCGUGAUGAGAUUCCGUCGACGGUGAAGAUUCUCACCGGAGAUAACACCGGGAACAACGCUUUUGCGGCGUGCUCGCCGGAUGGGAAGUUUAUCGUGUUUCGCUCCGGUAGGUCGGGGCAUAAGAACUUGUACAUCGCUGACGCGGUUGAGGGAGAGUUUAACGGCGGGUUGCGGCGGUUGACGGAGGGGGAGUGGAUUGAUACGAUGCCGUUUUGGUCGCCGAAGGGUGAUUUGAUAGCGUUUUCGUCGAAUAGGCAUGAACCGGGGAAUAGUGAGGUGUUUGGGAUUUACGUGGUGAGGCCUGAUGGGAGUGGUUUGAGGAGGAUUGAGGUGGGGAAUGAUGGAAGGGAGAGGUUGAACCACGUGUGUUUUAGCGGCGACGGCGAGUGGUUGUUGUUCACGGCGAACUUGGGUGGGGUUACGGCGGAGCCGGUGGGGUUGCCGAACCAGUUUCAGCCGUAUGGGGACUUGUAUGUGGCGAGGUUGGAUGGGAGUGGGUUGAGGAGAUUGACGUGUAAUUCGUAUGAAAAUGGUACGCCAGUGUGGUACAAUGGGGAGUUGAUGGUUUGUACUAGUAAUGGAGAUGGGGAUCAAGACAAGUUGAAGGGUGCGUUUCAAGAACCACUUUGGAUCACUUGAGAUGUGAGUGAGUGAGAGUUACAAUGGAUGAAAAUUGAAAACCAAUGCUCAUACUCAAUUGUUGUUACUUGAAAUGUCUUCAAAUCCCAUUCCUUGGAUUGAAACAAAUUGAGGUUUGCAUUUUGGUUCUAAAUCCCUAUUUUGGAAGCUCUGGAGUACUUGGCGUAUUAUAGGAGUAGGAGCUGCCAUUUGCAUUAUGUCAUGUGUAACUUAAUCAAUAAAAUACACUCUUACCAUA